AUGGCGAAGCGCACUCUUGACUCUGAUUCUAAGACGGAACGUCGUGUCAAGCCCACUCUUAUUGAGAAGAGGUCAUUCAAAAUUACCAACUUGAAUGAUGGCGACGUCGUGCAUCAAACGUGUCUUGUUAUCCAUGGUGAAUGCCAGGACUUGGAUCAUUCAGAGGAAACCAACUAUGUCUCGGUAUUCUCGUCUGAUAUGCUGACACGGUCGCAUUCAGCUCAACACUGGCCAUUGAACAAAGGUCAAUGGAGUGCACUCGUGAUGCUAUCCCCGGGACUGAAUAAGCUGGCCUUCAAGCUUCAUCAUGUCGGAGGAAUAUCCGACUCUCUGGAAAUCGCUGUGGACUAUCUGCCUCUGUUGCAACUACCUCCUUUACACCUCGCCAUUCUCGUUGCAAAGGACUCGCCUUUGCUUAUCGACUGCCCGCCAGCCAAGCUUGGCAGCAUAUCCACUGCGCAUAGCGGUAUUGAUGCCGCAGUUUCCAAGCUUCGCAUGUCGGCAUAUAUGUGGCAAGCUCUCACUGCCGAAGACUUCCGCCAAAAAGGACUGGGACGACGCUCCUUCCGACUGGAGGAGGAAUGGGUCCCCAAUACAACCGUGCUCAAGAACCACCAAAACGUCCCCGGUGACAAUAUUCAAAUGGGCUGCAUGGCAAAAGUUCAUAUCAUUCGGUCAAAGAAGACCGUCGCAGAACUGAGGGAUGCCAACGUUGCUCAGCAGAAUUCGCGAGGUCGGGACCGAGAUGCCUUGCACCGUUACUUUGAACAGGAUUUGAUUGAUUCUGGUGCUCCCUUUGACUCAAAAAGUCGGCCAGUUGUUGCUGGCUUAAUUUUAGAUUCGCAUUACUCCUCUCAACAGUCCCUGAUCACUGCACACGCAGCCUUGGGCUGUCACAAGCCCAAUGGUCUCUCCUUGGGAAUCUUUGGAAGUCACCUUACCUACUCCUGGCCGCGCUUUCUCGAAGAGAUUCCUUCGUGCCUCACGGACAUGACUGCCCCUGGUGACACUGUUGGUAAUGAUAACGGCGAAUGUGACACCAUGCGUGGCGCAUGCUUCGUCGGCCAAGGCGCCUUCCUACACGAAGUAGGCCACGCAUUUGGCGCAGGCCACACUACCGGCAUUAUGGCCAGAGGUUACAGCAAGAGCUGGGCUAUGAACUUUAUUCAACACAAAAAUCACGACUCGAUAAAAAACGACGCGAAAUGGGACUUGCAAGACACGCUGCAGUUCAAGUUGUUGCCGCAUUUCGCUCUCCCCGGUGACGACCUCGUGACGGAGAAGUUCCAGAGGGCCAGUGUGAAGAUUGAGAUUUCCUUGGGCAGAGAUGACCCGAUGGAUUCUGACGAUAAAACCGAGGGCCUGAAGAUCUCGUGUGCUGCCGGACUUGCGCAAGUGACGAUUCAGAGUGGCAAGGGCAACCCCGUUGUCCAUGACUUUAUGGACGACACCAAACCCGCUUGCACCCUGUUCCAGAUUUUCGAAAUCCGCGAGAAAUAUGACCAGAGCCAACCACUGAAGAUCACCGCUCUUGGAUUGAAUGGCAAGAUCCGUGUCGUCAAUGAUUUCUGGGCCAUGUGCAAAGAUCUUCCUUUCGUUCUUAUCCCAGACAGCGACGUGGUUCUUCAGAAACAAUCCGUUCGAUCCCACGAACUCGAAUCUGCCGAGGAUGACGACGACUACACGAAAUGGGCCAUGCUUCUCCGCCAACGUGGCAAGGAUGGCAAACUGCAUCCAGCCAUAAAGAUUGAUCUCCGAGUCGGGUGCACCAUGGACGGAGCAGUUGUCCACUACGCUGAUGGUCAGCACGCCAACUGUGGACCUGCACGGAACGGGGCCGGCCAUCCGCACCGCUUUGGUGGACACGCGUCUCAGGCACAAGAACUUCCUGCCGACGAACAGAUUACACGGGUCAAGAUUUGCAAGCGAGAUGAUGAUGGAUGGGGAAGUCUGUCGGGCAUUCGGAUGACCCUGAGCAAUGGGGCUUCCUGGGGUCAUCUCAACUUUAGAGGCGAAGACUCGAAUUAUGACUCGGACUAUGACAGCGACAGCGGCGAGAGCCCUGACGAUGAGGAUGAUCAGAGGAAGGAGCCGAGUGUUGUGACACUAGAACCAGGAGAGGAUGAAGUCAUUGUGGGAUUCUUUGGAAAGAGCGACAAGGGAUCCGGGUUCACCUAUGAGUUUGGUAUCUUGACAGCUCCGAAGGACGUGGAACUACCGGAGAAGGUUUACGAUAUGGCGGAACUGAGGAAUGAUUGA